GACGUGAAGACCGGAGUUUGGAUGGUUGUCAAAAGCUACUCAUCGUCUCCAUCGUCUCUCAAUGAAAUUACCGCAUACAUGUAAUUUGUAGCUACAAAUUUGUAGAAGACUUUCGUCAAAGCAGCACUGUUUAUGUUUGAUUGUUGUACACUGAAGGUUUGUUUCAAAAUUCACAAUCAAUCUUCGAGGGGAAUUCAGGGCCAAAUUCCAUUUUAUAUCCGGGAUCUUAUAUCCACACCCCCCGGCCAUUAGGCCAUAGACCUUUCCUUAAAAUUAAUUUCUGGGGGGUAAAACGUAUCGGUGCGUUUGAUCUUUUUUUAUUCUCUUGGGUGUGAGUUAACGAUUACUAAAUUUCUGAGGGGUUUAUAAUAUGACAGCACCUUUUUGAUGUUUAUUUUUCUAAGGGGUGUGGAUGUAAAAUGCCCUCACUCGCUUGAAUUGAGAAAUUUCGGUCCUUAUAGACUGUCGUUUAGGAAGAGGUUUUCAAAGAGCCAAUAUAAUCAUCUUAUUAGGGUCUGUAUUUAACUUUAGACUUUUUUAUUUUUGUGAGGAAUUAUGGAAGAAACAAAGAAUAAAAGGGAAGAAAAGAAAAAGGUGACAAGAGAAGGGAAUUGUCACAUUGGUUUGCUUUCAACAAAAGAAUUAGAAUGACACAAAAAGCAAGAAGAAAAAUAAAAAAACAGAUUCCAGGAUUAUCAAGAUUACAGGUCCCUAGUUAGGGGUUAUAUUGGCGUAAAAUACCGUAUGGAGCUCUGAUCUUAUACGCGGUUUCUCCUGAUUUGUGAUCCGAAACCAAACCAAAACCUGCGUUCAUGACGUAAUCGCACACAGAACUAAACAUCGGUGAAUACCAAUUCAUGUCAACUGCUUGGUCGUGCUUGAAAAUUACCCUUCAAUGCAACGCUGGUUUAUCUGAUCAGCAAGACAAGUCAAUCAAGAGGCCAAGAGUUUUUUGUUGCCUCCCAUUUUGGAAUCUACGGGAGUGAAGCGAUUGUUGGUGAGGGUCCACCAUGAAGACAUGCGAACAGGUCUCUYCCAUUCAGUACGUUUACUUGGAGUGACCUUCCUCCUUAGCCUACUAAUACAAUCGCAGCACGCCUACGUCCAUGGAAACUACGCGCCAAAAGUAGGCGCGCACUUCUGUCGAGAAAAUGGCCGACAAUUGACAUUUACAUCUGUAACCAACUUUGCUUCARUGAAGCCUCCAAGCUAUGGCUACAGAGCAUUGCUAUCCAGUACAAARAACAUAGAACUUUGUCUCGGCUUGUGUUGUGAYUCAUCUUGGUGUAAACACGCGAAUUUGGGCCGUGGAAAGUGCUAUGGGUUAUCGUGCUACGGRGAUGAAUGCCGAGGGAUUUUUCAAAUUCCUUCACGUUCUCAUGGAAUUGGAAGAAGACGAAACAAGAAGAAAUCGCCGUCCCUUCGCCAAACUGAUGUCUUCAACCCUUGGCGAAAUGGCGCCGAUAGCAAUUGUCUAAGAACWGCCAUCAUAUUCAACGUGACCUUAGGCUCAGGGACACAAGCUGGUAAGCUAACGGACCAUGGAGUCGUUAAAACUAUGGCAGACUGCCAGGCAAAAUGCUGCGCCAUGCCGCGAUGCGAUGUGUCGUUUAUGGUGGGCAGACGUUGRAUAUCAGUUGUGUGUCACAGCGAAGAUAGCUGUCAGUGGAUACCAGUYUUUGACAGCAAGUAUAGGCUACAGCUGUCGUAUGUUACUAGUCCUCACAGYAUCAGACAACAGGCUCAACAAGAAGUGGGGACCUCGACUGUAUCUGCCCAAAAGAAGCCACAGUCACCAAAMCACAAGCUUCCAAAGAACCCAUCGCAAGAAAAAGUGGCAUAUCAAAAMAUACACUCUCAUGCCAACAUUCAGGCUUUAAAGAAAAGUCACAAAUUUACAUAUGGAAAGGUUAUUAGAAAGAAUUUUGCCAGGAAAGGUUUGGAAGUUCUUCAAAACACACCCAGAAAUAAUAAUGUUGUCAAGAGGGUAAAUGUGUCCAGGUCAAAUGGACGUAAGAAAAACACMAAGAAAACUAACAUCAAAAGUCAAAAAGGUGCAAGCAAUAGAUCUCACCAAAAGAUCAAGGCAKCAAGUCARCCAAAGUCAUUGAAGACUUCUUAUYUCAUGCACCUCUUAAACAGGAAGGRCCCUCGACCUUCAUCUGUGUCAYCUAAAUCUGUUUCUAGAGCAGGUGGCUUUCGCAAGUACACWYUCAAGGCUACCAAAKAGAGUAGUGUUGCAAGUAGACAUUCCACACUCAAAAGUGUACAGGCAUUGAGUGCUCGUAUACCCAACCGUUUAGCGAAGGUAUUUCAACACGAGAAAACUAAAACAAUACCUUCUUCAAAAGACCAAUCAAUAAGAAAACCAUCACGAACUUCACCCAAACAUAAGUCUUCCAACUUUAGAAUGCUAAAAUCAUCAAAYAUUUCCAAGAAAACACCAAGCUCUACAUUAAAGAAAUCACCAAAAAACACCAUCCACCAAAACSUAUUCACUGCUCACACGGCGCCAUACACGAAGAGCGUUCCGUCGACGACAUCCUGUCAGAUAACUAGCYUGCUCAAUGACUAUUCUCUGCGCUAUGCCGCGAAAGCAGGUCGCUUUUCAUUCGUCGGUCAAUUCACGAAGAUAGAGGACUGUGCAAACCUAUGUUGUAGGGACUUGCAUUGUAAUCUUGCRAUGCUAGUAAAUCAUAAUUGCUURAAAGUGCAAUGCUUUGGGAUAUUUUGCCAAACGAUUCCCAUCAAACGUCUUGGGUUCCACUCGAAGUUAGCCUUCGUUMCCAGGUCCUCAGGUCUAUCUUCACACAAGUUCCCGUCUCCUCGAACAUCAUAUCUUCCCACGGGACCGGUCUCUUACUAUGUUACGCUAAAUGGACGUGAGAGACCUCCCGGAAUUGUUCAAGGAAGAUAUGGAAGUCGGGGUGGGGUAUCCCAAAGGAAGAUAGAUAUAAGAACAACUGUAAAACCAAGCUUUUCUACAGUUGUUGAAUCUAAGAGGAAGUCGUUACUGCACCCUACUUUCAAAGUAACUUCGUCACCAAGACAUAUCACUGUCGUGGAACRGGGUAUGAAAUCUAAAGYGCACCAUAUAUCAAACACGCAUUCUUUGCUCAGUCAUAAUGCAAAGAAAACCAAGACAUCAAAGCAAGUACAAAAGACUAAAUCCAGURCAUCAAAAUCUUCAUUAUCAGGUCUCCAUCAUCAAAGUGUUAAAUUCAAAACCUCAGCACAAAUGCAGAAGCAACGAUCCGGUUCACCGAAAUUGUCUUCAUCAWUGCAACAUGAAGCAAAGAAUUUYAAGACUUCUGCUCAUGUUAAAAAGCCUAAAUCCAGUCCGUCGAUAAAACCAAUUUCAUCUUCUCAUCGUGAAGCAAAGAAACCUCUUAGGGCAUCARCACYAGRCCAAAAGCUCAAGCCCAGUCCAGUCCAKGCUUCAAGCAGUUCAACGCAAGCUGCAGUAAUUCAUGCAAUUAUAAAUCACAUUUCCGAAAGAAUAUCAAAGAUGCAUAAGGAGAGCAAUAUACAACCUCACCCCACCUCGCAUAAAAGCACCAAAGUGCAACCUCAUUCACUGACAAAUAAAGUUAGCGCAAAUUCACGAAAUGCAAUAUUAAAGGAACUCAAACAGAUAAAUAUUCAUCCAAAGRUACACAGCAGUGAAACUUUUUCAAAUCCUAUUGCGGGAGGAAUGMCGAGCUUAAAAGAUCGAUUUGAAAAUCUCGACACACUUUUGAGCUUGUCUAUGAUUCACAAGAAGCACGCUAUAGAAGUAGCUAAAUAUUUAUUCCGCAUUGGCAAAAUGACAUCAAACACAGGAUUGAGAAUGGUGCUUGCACAGCAAAAGAACCUUGCUAAGUCAAAGAAUAAAGCCGACAUCGAACGCUCUAAAAGCUCCAUAAUGGUAGGCCGUCGAGUCAUGAAUAUUGGAAUGCAGGUUCUCAACCGCGCGAUUACCUUGGUGAAGUCAGCGGUAGAGGACAGCAAAGAUAUURCCAAAACCGUACAUCCAAACCAUCCAACGGCUAAACCAAUCAAUCGAUUUCUUCCCAAAGAUUUCAGACUUGUAGUGCCAGUAGUUAAGAUGGUGUCURUGUGUAGCCACAGCCCRAUCCAUAAAGGCCUCACCUUGCGCGGUGGGUUCCAUUCAGGAAAGUUCUAUGCUCAAGGCAAAGUAAAAAACAUGCAAACUUGUAURAAACUUUGCUGUGCGCGUGAAAACUGUGACUUGGCGUUCAUGGUGAAGUCGUUUUGCUACUCAGUGUCWUGCUACAAGCACGAYAUGUGUAAAAGUGUCAAUGCUUACCACGUGACCAAGUAUCAUCCACAAGUUGCAUAUGUAUUCAAAGGUAAAAAGGCCAAAGAAAAUGCUGACUUGGAACUAAAAACAACAACUUCUAAACCACACAAGAGCACUUCACAUUCAAAUGUUGCGAGAAUUACCACAAACCCGACUAAAACGUCCAGUUCAUAUUCAAAGUACAUUAAAAAGUUAGUAAUGAAAGUGUCUGAAGAUAAAAUCGCUCCCUCCACAGUCUCAACGCCCGCGCCGACUGAUCAUGCACCAAACGAGCAUUCGUCUACUAAGUCAAUAUCAGAAAGUCACGGAGAUUUCUGUCCUCAAUCCCAUCUUGUGCACAAUGUUGGGAUUUUAUACGGCCUUAAGGCAGGCAAUUAUACCUAUUUUGGUGAAACAAGUGGCAUGGAAAUGUGCAUCAAAAAUUGCUGCUCUCAGAUUAGAUGUGACAUUGCUUUAAUGCUCGAUAGCUUUUGCUACGGUAUUGAAUGUUCUUCGGCUCAAACUUGUCGAAUAACAACCAUUCACAACAGCAAAUACCAAUCAAAGGCGGUUUAUAUACCCCGUCGAUUCAAUAAAGAUAAGAGUUCCGAGUUGCAAAGGCAAGUUGAACAAACGAGAAAAGAAAAACUGGACAUUGAAAAUACUGUYAAUUUUAUUGAAAAUGCUCUCAACCUGAAUCAGUCAACAACUCAUGGACUUUCUAACGUCGAUAAACUGCUUGAACAAAAAGUGAUGCUUCUUGUUAAUCACAAUGGUCAUCAUGAAAGUACGUUAGUGCGAAAAGGAAACAUUGUCAUUGACAAGAAGACGGAGCCAUUGAAAAAGAAGGAAGUAGUAGUCACCAAACAAGGAGCAAUAAUAGAGCAAGAAACUAAACCAAAAGAAAAGCAUGUCGGAAGAAAAUCGUAUAAUUUAAACCAUGAAAAAUCACCAAAAAUGGAACAUACGCCGACUAAAGCAAGACAUCCUAAUACAGUAACAUUGAAAAGCUARUCCCCAUAUCCUAGAAGGCGUACAUAUUUUCUCUGGAAUAAUACAUCUGCUCAUCCGUUUAAAACUGAGAAAAGAAUUUCUCACGUUGGGCCUACAAUGCCUCAUACAAAAGUGCCAUCAUUAAGCAUCCCUUCAAAAAUGUCUACUCCAAAGGCGCUGCGUUUCGCAACCACUGGAAGAACAUCCAAAGGUUCAACAGAAUCGACUCUCUCUGAGACAGCAACCUCGGAAACAGAGAUCGUUAAUGAAGAGGAACCUGAUACUGUUAUUAGAGAAGAGUGGUUUGAUACCUCGCAAGGACGAUCUGAACACCACAAAGAACACGARGAUGAUCGUGUGACGGUCAAYGUUACAUUCACUGAYAAUAAUCCGAAYACUACAAAUCGAAGCAUCAAGUCAUCAAGCAUUGGAGURYUUAACSCUAGCGAAGAGURUGGCGAGAGUGGAGACUACGAAACUAURGAUAACAAAUCAGACUGUCGUCCAGUGAAAACCUACCAAGACUUCACCUUAAGAGCUGGGUAUCARGCUGGAAAUUUUACUUUUGCUGGAAAUGUCACCUCAACAGCAGAAUGCCAGAGCCACUGCUGCGSUGAUGAUAACUGUGAUCUUGUGUUUAUUGUUAUGGGAAGAUGUUUCUUAGUUAAAUGCAAUAGCAAAAGUCUUUGCGAGCCUGUACGAGCAAGGCAUUCCAAUUAUAGACCUGUUUUAGUCUAUAUGCAGAAGRCUAAUGUUAAUCAGUCGAGAGGAAAAUCCGAGGAUGAUACAUUGGAAGAUAUUGAUUCCGCUAUGUCGGAGCUUUCUMGGAGUGGUGAAKCAGAUACGCCUCUCUCUACUUUACCCAAGAAACCUAUUGAGCUUGAAMCAAAGAAGCACCCUACUACAGACAAAYCCAUAAUAUAUAACAAUGAAACAACAUCGAAUGAUACUGAACAUUAUUCGAUAAACACUUCCAAUCGUACAGUCGAGCAAGAAAGUGCUCUUAAAGUCGCUAUUACACCAACUGUCUCGACAGUGGAGAAAGGAAGCUUACAAGUUGCCAUAAAACUUYAUAAUAAUAAUCCAACAGUCACAUCUAUGYAACAAGCCGAAAGAAAUUCAACACCAGGGAUAACACCUGAGAACAAUGCAAUUGUGUCUUUGAAAGUUCAUCUCGAUGCCAAGAAAACAGCCGUUGAAUACCCAAAGAACGAGAGUGUUUCAACAACAGCUAACCUCUCUGAAAAUAACCKAUCAAUCAAUGAAAGCAGCCCGAACGUUCCSCAACAUUAUGCUCAAGCAAAGCUACAACCACAGGAGAGUGAAAACAGGCURCAAGCAACAAUUACUUCGAAUCAWGUAGCUYUUUCUGGYCAGGAUAAACAAGGYURAAAMGURCAGUCYCUGCCUCAGAAUAUGACACAAACGGGCACUAUAAGUAAAAACCGUAAUUUGUCCAGCGUAGACGAGCAUGCACACAACAUUUCCUGCGAAUUUGACAAGCCACUWCACAAUCUYACAUUUCGAGGGGGUCAACAUGCAGGAKGUUUCACGCUACUUGAUGAAAASGCAAACAUUACAGUAUGUACCAAGCARUGCUGUCAAGACAGUGACUGUGACGUAGUUCUUCUCCUYGGAAGCUCAUGCUUUAUGGURAAAUGUAAAAAUCAAUGGUUAUGUGAYCCUGUGCCYGCGAGGAAUACAAAGUAUCGCCCAAUUACUGUYUARAAGAGAGGAAGAAGGGACGACCGAACUGAUAAUGAUGACAUUAUGUUGAGCACUUGGUCAUCUUCUCCAAGCCCCACGUCUACAAUACAGCCUCAACUUUUACYAACCAAAGUCCUGCCUACAGUAACACAAGAAAAACCAACUGUUGCACAAUCGUUUGAUGAAAGUGAAGAACUGUUUGUAAAUMCAACAAGUUCUUUGGCAGCUCCAAACAAGGUCAACCAUGUAACUGUGUCAAAAUCUGUUAAAUCAAACUUCAGUUCUUCAAAUGUGGAUGAAACUAAGGWUYUGCCUUCAUCAACUGAAUUACUGAAUAAGGCUUCAUCUUCUUCUGGAAAGGAAACAAUUGAAGUCAUUUUWAAAGACCAUYGGCCCAAACAGCCAAAARCCUUGUCUGAGCAUUUGGUAACUCAGGCGCCUUUGUKUUCACCAACUUCUACGGUUAAGGUUASAAUGGUUGGGAAWAACAAURUCACAUAUGCUAGACCAAAGCAUUUCAAUGCUCUUCCAACAUCAUCAACUGCAUCGRCAAUUGCGCCAUCAAGUGCAAAUAUGCAUGUGAAGGUUAAUCUUAAUAUCARCGAUGARGAUUAUAAACCCUUUAAAGCUCUUCCAACACGUUCAAUUUCCGAAACAAGAACAUCUAAAGAUGAAGUUCAGACUAGCCAAGGUGAAAAUGAUAUGUCCGAGAAUCCAGCGGUUGAGAUGCCUUCAUCCAUUGGUAAGAUGCAAGCAGAAAUUAAAGUCAUUCUUCAAGACAAUAAACAGAAAGAUACGACAGCUACACCUUCAGCAAAUUCAAYUACAGACACUUCAAAAGGCGCAAAUGAAUUUGAUCGAAGUGGUCAUGAUGAUUCUGAGCUUCAAGUUGGUGACCGAAUAUCUCCAUCGAGUGCCAAAACGAAUGUUCAAGACAGCAUUAAGGAAGAUAAACUCAAAUAUACUACGGCUGUGCCUACCCCGCUAGCAGUUCCAAGUAAUAGCUCUUCAAAUUACCAAACCAAAAGGGAUCAAAGGGACAAAGAUAUAUCCAUGCAUCCAACCUAUCCUAGUAGUAAGUUAUCUUCACAGAAAAAGGAGGAAGAAUCAAUAMACAGUCCAAACGCUAUUACUAAAGCCUAUGUUUCUAAAACGUCWGCUAACCACAGAAGUGGUAUCSCAAAUAAAACGUAUAUUGAGACAAUAUUACUUYAWGUACAGCCAGAGGUGACAACAACUCAAAGUACCAAACCUGCACACCUGGACAUCAAGAGCAAGUCGAAAAUAAAAACRWCAACUAGUGCACCUACWUUAAAGCCAACAUCACCGCCGGGCAUCAUUCAUAACGUGACUAAUAAACCGAUUGAGGUCAAGAUUUCAGUAGGUGAUUCAUCUKCUAUGAAGUCGGAUGAACAGAAYUUAAAAAGCAUGCACCUACAUUAA